UCUCACUCACUGGGAAAGAAGACGACGAAAUAGUUUUUACAAAUCUUAGAGAGAGAAACCUUCAAGAGAGAGAAGAACCAAUUAACAUCACGAGCUUGAAGACGAACCAGAACAAAACAUUUAUAUAUAUAUACAUAUCCAACAUUCAUAUAUCUAUAUAUCUAUAUCUAUUUAUAAAUCCUAACUAAUUAGGGCAAGCAAUUUCAAAAGAGAGAUAUACACUCAGUCUAUUAUUCUUUUCAUCAUCGUGUCCUAUAUUUUCUAGGGCAAAAUUAAUUUGGAAAAUUGAUCAUUUCUAGGUCAAAAUUUAAGGUUAAAGUGUGAGGGUAAACAUUUCUAAGCUGGAUAUUGUUGUAAUUCAGGAACAUAGCUUUAGGUGCUUUAAGUGGGUAUGCAUGGAUGUACUUCAGAAUUUGUGCUUGUAGUCAAUGCCGAGCUUAAUUCCAUGGGAGGAGUUGGAAUUUCUUCAACACCAUCUUUGCAGCAAUUAUCAGACCUUGAGAAAACUCAAGCAGAGCUUAGGCAAACGUUCACCGCUGCUGAGAAGUUUAGAAGAGAAUUAGAGUUUCUACAGAAAGGUGGAGAUCCGUUAGACUUAAAACCUGGAAAGGCAGCGUCUAUUAGUUUCCAGUCUACAUCACUGACAGAUCGACAUCCUGAGCAAUUUGUGACAAGUGAAACAAAAGGUAGUUUUGCAAUUACUGCUUCACCUCAUGGAGAUUCUGUUGAGAGUAGUGGUAGAUUAGGGGCCCCUUCAGUUUGUGAACCCAACAGUGCUGAUAAUCUCAUGCUAUUAAAAGAAUCAGGCGAGUCUGCUGUAUUAGAACUGCCUAAAAAAGCAUAUAAGCGUAGGAUUAGAUCCCGGCCAAAUCGUGAUCCUUCUCGACAUGCUACCAGAGAUUUUAAGGGAUUAACACAUGAUGCAGACAAACAGGAGCGGAACUAUUUAUUAAAUUCCAACUCCAACCCCAUAAGUCCUAAUGCUAGUGUGGCUCUCAAGAAUUCUACCAGUCAUAGAGAGAAUGAAUUAGAUGUUGUCCCAGCUGCAGAAUCAACCCUUGGUCCUGCACAUGGUCCAUAUUCUGCUGUUUUAGAUGCUAAUGCUUUUCAAGAGAAUCAACGUGAUCCGACAAUAAAGUCUGAUGGUUUAGAAGCUCCACCCACGAAGGCUUUGAUUGAUCCUGAAUCUAUAGGGGGUAUAGAGCAGGCACCUUUGACAGAUUCUAGACAUUCACCUAAUGGCUUUGGGAAUACAGAAGAGAUAAAAAUCAUACCUGACCCCAAAAAGGUCUUGGAUGCUGAGUCAUCGUGCACUCUAACCAUUCAACAUUUUGAUGAAUGUAAUGGAAAUGGUCUUAGUACUACUGGGCCAAUGGAGCAAAUUUUGAUAGGUAACGAUUCAGGUGCAGAAAAGAAUGAAUUAGAUAUUGAUCCAACUCGAAAUGUGGAUGGCUCUGCCAGAAAAACAAAUGUUAUAAAAGGGCCGGAAUCUGCCAUAGGAGUUGACUCAGAUGAUUGCGUCGAUUUAAAAGCAGAAAGAAAACAAAGCAUUUCCGUGGAACCCGAUUUCAUUUCUCAAGAUGGAAAUGCUUGCAAUAGGAGACCUAAUGAGACCCCCUUGCAGGAGUCUACAUUGUCCGUUCGGCAUUCCACUGAUGCUUCAGAGCAAUAUGCAUGCACUCAGGACAACUUGAAAUUGGCAGUCAGAGAGCAUGAGGACUCAGUUUUAGAAGAGGCUCGUAUUAUUGAGGCAAAACGUAAGAGGAUAGCCGAAUUAUCAACUAGAAUGUUGCCAUUAGAGAGACGGCCUAAGUCACAAUGGGAUUUUGUCCUUGAAGAAAUGUCAUGGUUGGCUAAUGAUUUUGCGCAGGAGCGCCUUUGGAAGGUUACUGCAGCUGCUCAAAUUUCCCAGAGAGUUGCUUAUGCUUCGCGGGUAAGAUUCCAGCAACAAAGUUUUCUGCAGAAGCAUAAGGAAGUGUCUCAUACCUUGGCAGAAGCUGUCUUGCAGUUCUGGCACAUGAUACAGGCUGAAUGCAAGGGAUCAAAGCCAGAAUGCUUUAAGAAAGAUAUUGCACUUGGGGUUCAGGGAUACGCGGCAAGGUUCCUGGAGUAUAAUAGCUCUCAAGCUCAGUUGCCUACAAAUCAAGCACCUGCACCUCCUGAUAGCAUAUCUGAUAUAGGCAUUAUAGACUGUUCAUGGGAGGAUAACUUGACAGAAGAGAACCUCUUUUAUAUGGUACCACCUGGUGCAAUCGAGGCCUACAGAAAAGCUAUUGAUUCCCAUUUGCAACAGUUUGAGAGAACUGGCAGUAGCAUGCAAGAGGAAGUGGAAACGUCUGGGUAUGAUGCUGUUGCAGAUAAUGCAUUUGAAGAGGACGAGGGAGAAACAAGCACAUAUUAUCUGCCAGGUGGUUUUGAAGGCAUCAAGUCUACAAAAACCAAUGAAAAAAGAAGACAAAAGUUUACAUUAUAUGGCCCAAGGUCAUAUGAGAUGGGAGGUGAUCUGCCAUAUAUGCCACCUGUUGAAAGGACCGUUGGAAUUCAACCUUCUGUGUUAAGUGGAAAACGAUAUGGCAGCAAUCUAAAUGUUGGAAUUCCAACAAAGCGUGUACGUACUGCAUCCAGACAGAGGAUCAUAAGUCCAUUCAAUGUUGGAACUUCUGGACACAUACAGGUGCCAAAUAGAACAGAUGCUUCAAGUGGCGAUAACAAUUCCUUUCAGGAUGAGCAAAGCAUUCUACAUGGAGGGUCCCAAAUGCCAAACAAUAUGGAAGUUGAAUCAGUGGGAGACUAUGAGAAGCAGUUACAUUUUGACUCCAUGGAAGUUUCAAAUAGACCAAAAAAGAAAAAGAAGGCAAAACAUCUGGGAUCCACAUUUGACCACCGAUGGCAACUUGAUUCUAAUUUCCAGAAUGACCAGAAGGACCACUCAAGGAGACUGGAUACACAUCAAUUUGACUCUAAUGGCAGCAGUGUGGCAUCUCAAAUGAGUAAUAUGUCCAAUCCAAAUAAGUUCAUGAAAUUACUUGUGCGUGAUCGCGGCAGGAAAGUCAAAGCACCCAAGACCCCUGUUGGGCAGCCAGGUUCAGGAAGUCCAUGGUCAUUGUUUGAAGAUCAGGCCCUUGUUGUACUGGUGCAUGAUAUGGGUCCCAACUGGGAGCUUAUAAGUGAUGCUAUCAACAGCACUUUGCAGUUCAAGUGCAUCUUCCGCAAGUCUAAAGAAUGCAAAGAGCGCCAUAAAAUUUUAAUGGAUCGGAACAAUGGUGAUGGUGCUGAUAGUGCUGAGGAUUCAGGGUCAUCUCAACCUUAUCCAUCUACUUUACCUGGCAUUCCAGAGGGCACUGCCAGACAAUUAUUUCAACGGUUGCAGGGACCCAUGGAAGAGGAUACUCUCAAAUCUCAUUUUGAGAAAAUUAUCACGAUUGGACAAAAACAACAUUACAGGACACAGAAUGAUAAUCAGGAUCCAAAACAGUUGCAGCAGCCCCAUAGUUCUCAUGCAUUUGCUCUUUCUCAAGUUUGCCCAAAUAACUUGAAUAGUGGGCAUGUACUUACGCCUCUUCAACUAGAAGCAGUCUCAUCAAGCCCAGAUGGUCUUCCAGUUGGCUACCAAGGUCCUCAUAGUGGUGGGCUACCAGCUCCGAACCAAGGUGCUGUACCAACAAUGCUUCCUGGGUCGACCUCCUCAGCACCUGGUUCUUCCAAUUCGGUUCAUGCCAAUAACCUUCCUCCAGCAUCUGCUCCACACAAUCCUUCUUCUAGAGAAGGGAGAUAUGGGAUCCCAAGAACAGGGUCAUUAUCAGUAGAUGACCAGCAAAGAUUGCAACAGUAUAAUCAAAUGAUAAAUGCAAGGAAUGCUCAACAAUCAAGUUUGCCUCCCGGGUCCCAUUCAGUAAAUGAUCGGGGUGUGCGGAUUUUACCUGCUGGAAACGGUGCGGGUGUAAUGGGUGGGGUAAAUAGAAACAUUAAGAUGGCAAGACCAGGCUAUCAAGGGACUGCAUCGACAUCUAUAUUGAAUUCUGGUAUGGCAACAUCAAGCUCUGCCAGUAUGCAUGCUGGUCCUGGUCCUGGUCAAGGAAACUCAAUGUUGAGGCCACGUGAUCCCAUGCAUAUGGUUCGGCCCAACCAGAACACCGACCAGCAAGUAUCACAAAGUGGGGCGACUCAAGCAGUUCCUCCAUUUUCCAGUGGAACAGGCUCAUCGUUUCCUAAUCCAAUUUCUCAACACUCAUAUGCACAUCCAGUUUCUCCCCAAAGGUCACCACAUGUGCUUAGCAGUAAUUCCCAUCAUUCACAUCAUUUCCAAGGACCGCCAAAUCAUGCAACCAACACACAACAUCCUUCUUAUGUAAUGCGAAUAGCAAAAGAGAGACACCUUCAACAACAGCGAUUACUACAACAACAGACGCAUUUUUCUACACCCAGUUCCAUGAUGUCACAUGUACAACAAACACAAGAGUCUCAACUUCCUGUUUCAUCUCCACAAAAUAGUGCACGAUCUUUGUCCCCACCAGUGUCCAUUUCACCUAUGGGCACACCAAUUAUGACUCCAAAACAUCCUGUACCACCACCUCAUGGGCUUGUGAGGAACCCGCAAACAAGUGGCAACCAAGUCUUGAAGCAGCAGAGACCACGUCUAUCACAGCAGUUUCAACAUGCUCAGCCACGGCAAAAGGCGAUGCCUCAGCAGCAGGCAAAGCUUAUGAAAGCUGUUAGGGGAAAUAUGAUAAUGAAUCAGAACCUUUCUACUGAUUCCUCCAUUAUGAAUGGCUUUACAGGGAGCCCAUCUUCUGUGAAUAAAGGCCUGCAAAGUGGUCAUGGAAACUUAAAUGCUGGUUCCUCUCAGGCUGCUGACAAGCAAUCUGUCCCUCAUUCUUUAAGUCAACCACACCAGCAGAAGACAUUUUCUGGUCAAAUACAGAAGCCUAUUCAAUUGUCUGAUAAUGGCGACAAUAAGAAUAAUGAUCCGUCAAUGAUUGCCUCAAGUACAAACCAGCAACAGCCUCAGGGGAACCAGAAGCUGGCAAAUCGAAAACAAACGACCAUUCCUCAAAAAGUGCUGCUUAAUCGUAAGUUCAACACAUCUGACCAGUCUACAGAAAAACAAGAUGAGUCACUUAUGGUUCUCAACACCUCUCAGCUAAUUCCAGCUGUCCAAAUACCUCUUGCACCUUCUAAUGACACAGAUAGUACCAGAACAGCUGUUGUUUUUUCAUCUAUAGCUCCAGCUAAUGCAGAAACACAGUUGGGUAAGAGUUCUGUACUGGUGUCUUCCCCGCAAACAAACAGUGUAGGUACAGAGAGUGAACAUUCUGGAUUAGCUAUGAACCAAGAUACGGUUCAUAGGCAGUCUACAUCAGACAGCUUGCCUAAUCCCGUCGAGCAUGAUGGGGUUGUACAGCAACAGCAGCCUCCUUCAUAACUACUACCUCUAACCUACCUGCUAAUUUUAGACGGGAAUAUGGCAGCCUGGGCCGUACCGUUUUGUUUGAGCUGUCGUUACCAUGUAAGGGGGCAAUCUUCAGAUGAAGCUCAGUUCCAUCAGGAAAUAGAUGGAAACAAGCUGCAUAUUGGUAUCUAAAUAGGUUAACUGAACUAAAGUAAUGCUGACGGGGCUAAUUCAUGGGUGUUUUGUAUAAAAUCAUUAGAAGAUGGAGGAUAAAGAGGUACGUGUACAGGACUUCCAUCUCUCGUCCUUUAUACAUUUUGUUUAUUUUAUCUAUCUUUUUAAUCCUUAGAUCAGCCCUAUGUAUUAGCACCCUUUUUGUAAUAGGCGGGUUAUCAUUGAUAUAUUGGCCAAAGCCUGUUGGAAAUUUUGUAAAUACUAGCUCAUUUAGUGUAUACUUAGAUUAAUGUUGUUAAAUUGUCUUUAAUGUAUCACUUCAUUGAUUGCA